AUGACUGAUUUAACUAAAACUAAAAUAAACACUAAUUAUGAUGAAGAAGAUAUUAAAAAGUAUUCCAAUAAAGAUGCUAAGUUCACUGUUGAGUUUAACGAUGGAAUAAUGAAGGUUCAAGAAGAUAUUGAAAUUGAAUUGUUUUUCGAUGUAACUCCUAAAACUUGUUUAAAUUUUGCUAAGUUAUGUGAAGGUGUAGACAUUGAAGGCGUUCAUCGUUCCUAUCAAGAAAUUAAAUUUCACCGAAUUAUUAAAGAUUUUAUGAUGCAAGGUGGUGAUAUUGUUAAUCAAAAUGGAACAGGUUCAAUAAGUAUUUAUGGUCGAAAAUUUAAUGAUGAAAACUUUGAAAUGUGUCACUCCGGACCUGGUUAUGUAAGUAUGGCUAACUCUGGACCAAACACCAACGGUUCUCAAUUCUUUAUUACCUUCAUUAAAACAAGUUGGUUGGAUGGUCAACAUGUUGUGCUUGGUAAAGUUAAGUCUAAGUGUUUGCCAGUACUUACAAAGAUUAAUAAUCUUGCUAAAGAAUCAUCAGCACCUUCUUUCCCUGUCAUCUGUUCUAAAUCAGAAUUGAUUAAUAAAGAAUAA